GGUUGAAGGGAAAGCUCGAUUCUUCCAACUUUGUCGUUAAAUUCACUCGUAUUAUAUGAGACGAGGCAGCUCCACCUCCUCCCUCGUCCUUCUCAUCUCUUUCUCUGCGGCCAUUUGAGCUCCAUUCCUCGCUCGCGGAGGCCCUUAACAAUGGCCGUCAACCACCUCCUUCGUUUCACUCUCAGGCCUCAGUUUGGUACCUUAACAAAAGCAUUCACUUCUUUUAGAAAGGUAUCACGGGAACGUCUCGUCCUCGCUCCUUUCCUGUCCCGCUUACAUGGUACAGAGGCAUCUGCACAAAAAGAGGAUUCGAGGUUCAAGGGGCAUGAUAUGCUUGCACCUUUUACUGCAGGAUGGCAGACCACCGAUGUUAGUCCACUGAUUAUAGAAAGAUCUGAGGGUUCAUAUGUAUAUGACAUUAAUGGAAGGAAGUACCUUGAUUCUCUUGCCGGUCUAUGGUGCACAUCCUUGGGGGGAAAUGAACCACGACUUGUGGAAGCUGCAACAAAACAACUAAAUGUCUUGCCAUUUUACCACUCCUUUUGGAAUCGUACUACGAGGCCUUCUUUGGAGCUGGCAAAGGAACUGCUUGAAAUGUUCACAGCUAGAAAAAUGGGGAAAGUCUUUUUUACAAACAGUGGUUCAGAAGCUAAUGAUACUCAGGUCAAACUGGUAUGGUACUAUAACAAUGCACUUGGAAGACCAGAUAAGAAGAAGUUCAUAGCUCGCUCAAAGGCAUAUCAUGGUUCAACAUUAAUAUCAGCCAGUCUUACUGGCCUUCCAGCUAUGCACCAGAAGUUUGACAUUCCUGCUCCAUUCGUUCUGCACACUGAUUGUCCACAUUACUGGCGUUACCAUCUUCCAGGUGAGACAGAGGAAGAGUUCUCAACCAGAUUAGCCAAAAACUUGGAAGACCUUAUACUCAAGGAGGGACCAGAGACAAUUGCUGCGUUCAUCGCCGAACCUGUCAUGGGUGCUGGUGGUGUGAUUCCUCCACCAGCUACUUAUUUUGAAAAGAUCCAACCUGUGCUCAAGAAGUAUGAUAUACUUUUCAUUGCCGACGAGGUAAUCUGUGCCUUUGGAAGACUAGGGACAAUGUUUGGAUGCGAUAAAUACAAUAUUAAACCGGACCUUGUAUCUCUUGCAAAGGCACUUUCCUCGGGAUACAUGGCUAUUGGAGCUGUUCUCAUGAGCCCUGAAAUCUCUGAUGUGAUUCACUCUCAAAGCAACAAGCUUGGUUCCUUUGCUCAUGGAUUUACUUAUUCUGGACACCCAGUCUCAUGUGCAGUCGCAAUUGAAACACUCAAAAUCUACAAGGAAAGGAAUAUAGUGGAGCAAGUAAAUAGCAUCUCCUCAAGAUUUCAAGAUGGCCUAAAAGCUUACUCUGAUAGCCCUAUCGUUGGAGAGAUACGGGGGACUGGCUUGAUCUUAAGCACAGAGUUUGCAGACAAUAAAUCACCAAAUGAUCCGUUCCCUCCUGAAUGGGGAGUUGGUGCAUAUUUUGGAACCGAAUGUCAGGAAAAUGGUAUGCUAGUACGUGUUGCAGGGGAUACUAUAAUGAUGUCUCCACCAUUUAUCAUCUCCCCUCGAGAAGUAGAUGAGUUAAUCAGCAUUUAUGGGGAGGCACUGAAGGCUACUGAAGAGAGAGUGAAGGAAUUGAAGGCUCAAAAGUAGCUGCAAAUAGUUACAACGAACAGCCCUGAAGGUACCAGAUCCUGACUACUAUUAAGGAACAAAGAAAUCCCUCUCCAUGAUGACCAAAUGCUUGAUUGGUGGCGAAAAGUUCAUCAGCUUGCGUAUAAGACAUGAGUAAUAUGUCUGCAAUCUUAACACUAGACACCCCCCCAAAGUAUGUAGAAAAGCCUUGGAUGCUGUGAGAAAUGUCACUCAACAGCUAGAUUCUUAAGGCAAUGUUGAAUAAAAAGUUCUUUUACGUUCUUAGCCUUCCUUGCUCGACUCUCUCACUUUCUCUCUCUCUCUCUCUCUGACCAUCCUCCUUUAUCAGCAUCUCCUCCGCCGUCCCCCCAUUUUUCACGGUGAAUCGUAUC